AUGAGUAAAUUACAAUGGAUUAAAGGCGAUAUUACUAAAUUGAACGUUGAUGCAAUUGUGAAUGCUGCCAAUAAGAGUUUGCUUGGAGGUAAGGCUGGUUUUGAUCUGUUUUCUUUGAAUUUCAGAUUUCAACGUUGCUUUGCUGGGUCGGGAUGGUUCAAUAAACAUCUCCUAACAAUCUUUAACGUUUAGAAACAUAAAUGGCAGUAAUGUUUUAGGUGGAGGAGUAGAUGGAGCGAUUCACAGAGCCGCAGGGCCUCAAUUACUUGAAGAAUGUCGCACUUUGGGCGGUUGUCAAACUGGAGAAGCUAAACUGACCAAAGGGUACAAUCUGCCAGCUAAAUACGUUAUCCAUACUGUUGGUCCGAUUAUCAGUAGUGCUGUUAGUGACGGUAAACGUGAGGAUUUGAAGAAUUGUUAUUGGAAUUCACUCGAAUUGGCCAAGAAACAUGAUUUGAAGUCUAUAGUAGGUUUCGCUCAUGAUUAUUCGAGGUUCUUGUAUUCUUAUUUAGCUUCGAAUAAUAUUUUAUAGUGCUUCAAGGUCUUAUAUAAAGAAGGUCUUAUAUGUUAUUUUGAAAAAAAAAUUAUUUAUAGGCAUUCCCUUGCAUUUCCACAGGAGUCUAUUCAUUUCCUCAAGAUUUGGCUUGCGAUAUUGUAAUCGACACAGUUAAUGAUUGGGUCAACAAGAAUUCUGAUCAUAAAGUAAGUCUUUGAAAUUAUGUUAUUCUAGCUUUUUAGUAUCUUGUUAAUUUAAUUCUUUAAGAUAAAUGUGACCUUCUGCCUCUUCAAUCAAGAAGACAUUGACCUAUACCAAAAGAAGCUUGGACCAAGUGCCUAA